UAUGAUCUCAACUUGCCAGAGUUGAAAUGUGAGGUAUGUCAAGCCACAUGGAGUGCUGGAGUGGAUGAGCUGGUCCAUAAUGACUACUGGCCUGCUACUUCUCAAUUUUCAACAGUGUAUGCUACAGACAUCCUAUUUUCCUUUGAGGAGUUGAAGAUGGCAGCACCUGGGAUGUCCAGCCAAGCAUUUCUUAGAAUGCUAGAUCAACGAACUGUCCGCUUUGGCCGUACUGGAAAGGUCAUAGCAGACAGCUUCAGAAAAAGCUUUUUGGAGUGGGAGGCUGUCCGAUUUGAAAUGGACAAAGUCAUCCGGGAAGACCACUUUAACUGCCCAGCAUGCACCCCAAACAUGCUUGCGGUCUCUGUUGAUGGAAACCGUAAGCAUUAUAGAUUCAAGAGUGCAGCAAGAUCAGAGGAACAAGCCAUCUUUAAUGGUGUCUUCAUAGCCAAGGAUGAUGAUGUAGCAAGAUUCGUAGACUAUGUCCAUUCCUCGACCAGCCAUGUCUCUGGAAGAGGUGUCUGUGGGGGACAGUGGUCAGCAGCACGAGAAACAUCACAGAAGUCCUCCAGCAAAGUAGAUGAGGAGGGCCUAGAACUUGCCGUUUGUCGGCAUGGUGUUCUUCUUUGUGCCCUUAAUAUGUUCAGGGGGGAGGUUUUUGCUUACCCUCUGUACCUCCAAAAAAAAAUGGCUUGUAAGCCGGUGAAAUUCUUUGCUAUGGAUGUUGCAUGCAAGUACUGGCCUUACCUCCAGAGAGUGAGUGAGAGAUGCCCUGAGCUUCAGGAUCUGCUCUCAAUGAAGCCAUUUCUGUCAGUGUUUCAUGCCAAAGCCCACGACUUCAAAUGCGAGGUAAAAUGGAGUGGGGCAUACCAGGAGGGGGCUGGUUUGACUCUUGGGGAGGAGGUGGAGCAGUGUAAUGCCUUCCUCUCGAGAAUUGCUGUUACCACAAAGCACAUGGCAAAAGCAGGUAAGGUAACCACACACUGCACUAGUUUGACAAAGUGAUACAAUACCUGCUACCUGCAGGUAUGAUACCUGCAAGCAACUGCAAUUCUUCGCCUUUCUCACACUGCUAUGAGAAGUGUUCAAACUACAGUACAUUUUGAUCCUGAUGACAAGGAUGAGGUACAUGCUGACUCUGAACAUAUCAAGCAAAGCAGAUUUAGAAUGUAUAAUCUUGAAGACAGAUGGGUGGAUCGAUUAUAAUACCAUCAUCCUAGUUUUUUAAAAAGUGAAAAUCAUAAGGAGUUGAAGCAAAUACUGUACUGUUGUUGGUUGCAUACCUUACCAUACUCACCUACACUGUAAAAAAUGACACAGCUAUUUACUUAAAAAAAUUAAGGUAACAGUAUUACACAAAAUAUUUUUAAGUACUUUAAAGCAUAUUUUUUACGCAAUAUUCCACGAAUAAAUCAAGUAAAAUUACCUAAAAUAUUUAAGCACGUCACAUGAUAAACUUUAAAAAAUCAAGAAGAAAUACUAAUUUGAGCAUUGGAGACAACUUCUUGAUCUUUUUUAACUUCAGUUUAACAUUUAUUAUUGUUUAUAACAUAUAUGAUGUACAAGUAAGCUGAGAGUUGACUCAGUACUGACAUUAGCAGCAUUACUGUUCACUGUGUGAAAAAACAAACAGCUUGAGCUCUCCCACAACCUGAGCACAAGCACCACUCUUCUGAAAGAUGGUAACCACGAAACUCAGAAAUACAAACAGAAUAUCUUCUAAAUCUUAAAGACAACUGAACAAUAAACAC